AUGGAGGAAGAAAUCCGCCGGUCAUCCCGAACAAACAAGGGCACCCACACCGGACGGGCGGAGCAUGACGUGUACUACUUACUGCAGGGCGAAGAGCCCGCCUUGAAAAAAGCAAAAACUGCGGCGGCGGCGGCAGAUUCUGACGACGGUCAAAAUCUCGGCGGCACCGACGAGGACGAGGGCAAAGUGCGGUGUGAUGGUUGCGGCACGACCGAGGAAAACUACGACGAGGAGACUGACGACGGCGGCAUGAUGAUCGAGUGUGAGCACUGCAAGACAUGGCAACAUGCUCGAUGCAUGGGCUACCGCUCAGAAAAACAGAUUCCCGAGCUCUAUUUGUGCAACCGCUGCGGGGAAAACGCGCCACUGGACAAGAAGGACCAGGCGUGGGAAAUCCCGCAGGCGCCUAAGGACAGCACCCGUGCCAACGUGGCCAAGGCGCUUGUCAACGUGAUCGUGCGUGCCAACAGCGCCGUGGCCGGCGCAGACGCCUGGGGCCAGAAGCUCGAGGCCGCCGUGUAUGCGUGGGCCGGCGCCACAGACAAGAAAUACAUAGAGAAAAGUAGAAGCGUGAUGGCAUUGGUGAAGAAACCUGCCGUGCUUAUGCGGCUAAUAUCACACGAGCUAAGCCCCACCGACUUCACCCUCUUGCCCGUGGAGGACAUCGACCCGGAGUUGAAGGACUACGCGGAAAAGGUGCGCCAGGCACUGAUCCGCCGCUCCGUGCUCACCGUCAGCGACGACCUGAGCCAGCGCAUCCGCCGCACGCACAAGGGCGAGGAGAUCGUCGAGACCAAGACCGAUGAAAACAACGACGAUCUCAGCGUGGGCAUGAUUGCCCGCAACGUCGACCACCGGAAGUUUUCCGACGACGCUGUCGCUGCCGUGCCCAGCAAGAACUCCGGCUUGUUGGCCCCCAGUCUAUACCAGCUUGGGGACGACGACGACGAUUACAGUCAUGUGACCUCAAAGGCUGACGGCGAGAGGGACGAGUCUGACGGCGCCAGCGACGACGAGCUCAACUUCAUUUUGGCGGCAAAAGACCCGCAAAAGGUCAAGAAGGCGCCGCCACCGGCCAAACAAACAGCGGCGUUGGCCUUGCCCCCCACCAUGCCCACCGGGUUCUGGGCGGGCGAGAUCGCGUUCCCGGACGUGGCGACUUUCGGCGUGCUGGCCGAGUUUGUGUCGUGCACCAAUUACGAGAAGCCCAAGGACAACGUCACGGUGAGCUUCCAUAACAAGGCUAUGCGUGUGUGCAAGGAAUUGAUGGAGAAGAAAAAGUACCAGAUCGAGGGCAGAUUGGAUAGAUCCAAGGCGGACCCGUACUUGCUGCAGAUCGUGAAGUCGCGGGACUUGUAUCUUGUGAAACUCAAAAAGGAAGACCCAAGCUAUAGCAAAGUAUAUGAGUAUCUUCUGAAACGGUCGAAGGUCGGGGUUCUCUCUGGCCGGGCGCCCAUGGUGAAAGACGCGUAUCUAUUCGCGUUGAACCACGACGCCCCUUCGUAUAUGAACUUCACCGCUGUUGGUGAAGGGCUCUACGUUCUUUUUUCCGUCAAGAAAGACUACGUCCCCGUGGGUAAGAGCAUCCUCAAAAAGUCUCUGCCCGUGGCGAGGGCCCCGCUGGCUGCCGUUGCAAACUUAGAUAACAUUCUACUGAAACUCGAAGGCACAAUCUCAACCAACAUGGGCUCGACGCAUCUUCCGCCUAGACCGGCUCAAAUGCCUUUGUCAGUGCAGCAGCAGCAACCACCGCAGGAUAUACCGCCUCAGCUCUCGCAGGAUCAGAUGAGUUAUCUCUCCUCCAUAGUUCAGCAGAAUCCCCACGUUCAGAGCGACCCCCAGGCAUUGUUGAAUUUGCUUCAACUGAUGCAGACCUGAGAAGUGCAUGUGAUAUAAAGCAGAGUAUUUGUUGCGUGCUUGGAGAAAAAGAGGGUAGGCCUCUAAGUUGAUGCCUGUCGUGUUAUGAGAACAAAAACUGGUGGGGCAAACAAAUAAUUUGGGAAUAAAAAGAGGACGACGUCAGUAUUUUGGGCUAUUGCAUCCGGAAUAUAUUCUUCUGGUGAAAACACCAUUUAGCUAUUUGUAUGUGUAUUUUAAUGGAUUAGGCACAGUC